CGUAGGGGUCAGCACAGGAUAAACCUCAUCCUGGGAAAGCCACCUUCCUGAUAACGGGUUCUCCCCUGACGGAUUCAAGAUGUCCAGUCCACUGGAAGAAGCUCUGGCUGUGAUGGUCUCCACCUUCCACAAGUACUCCGGUCAAGAGGGUGACAAGUUCAAACUCAGCAAAGGGGAGAUGAAGGAGCUUUUGCAUAAGGAACUGCCGAGCUUUGUGGGGGAGAAGGUGGAUGAGGAGGGACUAAAGAAGCUGAUGGGCGACCUUGAUGAGGACAGCGACCAGCAGGUGGACUUCCAGGAGUACGCCGUGUUUCUGGCCCUGGUCACCAUCAUGUGCAACGACUUUUUCCAGGGGUCCCCAGCCCGGCCCUGA